UUUUCUGCUUAGGUUCCUCUCUGGUUUCUCUACCUGCUGGUGGGCAUCUGUGCCCCUUUGUGCAUGUGUAGACCAAGUUUUUAUUGCAUAACCAGAAAAAUUCACUUUGUAAAGGAGCAGAGAAGUGUUUUAAUCACUGCCCUGAAGGCUUUACUGAUAAACAAUCCUGUAGCAAUGAUUGAACUUUUUUUUAUUUCAAAGCACAGUUGAACACAAGCUCCAGGGCAGCAAGUUGUGAGUUAUAAUUUGAGAGUCUGUGGUUGGGAGAGUUAUAAUUUGCAUUUUUUCAUCUUGCAAAGGGAAGGAGUGACUACACUGCCAUGAAAAUUCCCAUUUUAGUUCUGCUCCAAUUAUCACAAAGUUCCUUCAUCUGCACGUGUCCUCAUCCACAUGACGUGAAGCACUACAAGAACUUUUUAAUUAGCCCCACAGUGACAAAAUCUAGUUUUGCUAAUUAUAUUAUUGUUAUUCUUUUUUGAAUGACCAGAAGUGCAAGGUGAUUUGGGAUUUUGCUUUCUUUUUGAAUCCCAUCAUUUCCCUUAACAAAGACAUCAUGAAUCCUAUAAGGGAAGGUUGUUGGAGUCUUCUGUUGGAGGGAUAAAGAAUGGAAUCAAAGAACAUCACCACCACUGUGACAGAAUUUGUCCUGUUGGGCCUGACACAGAGCCACAAGGUGCAGUAUUUUCUCUAUGUGAUCUUCUUUCUCAUCUAUGUGAUGACCUGGCUGCUGAACUUCACCAUCAUGGCCACUGUGGCUGUGGACCACCACCUCCACACCCCCAUGUACUUUCUCCUGGCCAACCUCGCCUUCCUUGACGUCAGUGACUCCUCAGUCAACACUCCCAAGCUGCUGUCAGGCCUCCUCACCCAGCACCAAGUCAUCUCCUUCCACCAGUGUUUCCUCCAGAUGUUCUUCUUCCAUUUCAUUGCAGGGGCAAUGGCAUUUCUGCUCCUGGGGAUGAUGGUGGAUCGCUACGUGGCCAUCUGUGAGCCCCUGCGCUACCUGUCCAUCAUGAACUGGAGCACCUGCACAGGCCUGGUGGCAGCUGUGUGGCUGGGUGGAUUUCUUCAUUCCAUUACACAAACUGGCCUUCUCCUCCAGCUGCCAUUCUGUGGCCCAAAUGUACUGGACAAUUUCUACUGUGACGUCCCCCAGGUCAUCAAACUGGCCUGCACUGACACUCGCGUGGCUGAGCUGCAGAUGGUGUUUAACAGUGGAAUGAUCCUCAUCAGCCUUUUUGUGAUCUUGAUUAUUUCUUACAUUGUCAUCUUGCUGAAGAUAAGGACGUGCAUCAUGGAAGGGAAGAGAAAAGCUCUGUCCACCUGUGGAACACAGAUAACUGUUGUGAGCUUAAUAUUCAUCCCCUGCAUCCUCACCUACGCCCAGCCUUGUAAGAAAUCCCCUGGGGACAAGGUGGUCUCUGUUGUUUUCACUGUGGUCACCCCAAUGCUAAACCCAAUGAUCUACACACUCAGAAACACUGAGAUGAAAAAGGCCAUCAGGAGAACGCUGGGGAAAAUAUUUCUGUCAGCAGGAAAGCAGAAACCGGAGCGGACAGCAGAUCCAAAGUCAUCAAAUGUGAUGCUCCCAUGACAAAACUGUGCUCAUCACUGAUAUUCCUGUAUAAAAGAAUAUAGGGUGCCCCUGACUCUGGUAAUGAUUGGUGUCUGACUCUAUUGAUUCAGAAUGCUGAACAAUUGCUUUAAUAAACUAUACUAUAUUACACUGGAUAAAGUUUUCUUUGUCUCUUCAGUGUUUUGGUUGUUUCUGGCACCAUCAAAUCUGAUGUUUCCAUGACAAAACUGUGCUCAUCACUGAUAUUCCUGUGUAAAAGAACGUAGGGUGCCCCUG